AUGGAGUUAAUCAGCUAUAUGUUCCGUGGAAUUUUGUUUGUAGUAUUUAUCACACUCGCCACUUCAGCGCCAUUUCAUCCAAACUUCGAUCAACUGUGGCAAAGAUACAAGGAAGUUUUCAAAAAGGAGUACACUGCUUAUGAAGAAGGGGUCAGACGAUUGAUCUGGGAAAAGAAUGUAGCUAAUAUUCAACUUCACAACAUUGAAGCAGAUUUGCAAACUUAUGGGUUCAAACUUGGAAUCAACCAUUUUACUGACAGAGCUCCUGAAGAGUUUAAUAUGAUGAAUGGUUUGAGAGUAGGCAAUAGAACAAAGCAGCAGACAGUGUUCUUGCCACCUUCCCAUGUAGAGUAUCCUACUGAAGUUGACUGGAGGAAAGAAGGUCUCGUGACUGAAGUAAAAGAUCAGGGCAAAUGUGGAUCCUGUUGGGCAUUUUCAUCAACCGGAUCAUUGGAAGGGCAACAUAAGAAGAAAACUGGAAAAUUAGUGUCUCUCAGCGAACAGAAUUUAGUGGACUGUGCAUCAGCUGAAGGCAAUGCUGGAUGUCAUGGAGGUCUUAUAGAUUUUGCAUUUGCUUAUAUUAAGAAAAAUCACGGCAUUGAUACAGAAGAAUCAUAUCCUUACGUUGGAGUGGAUGAAAAAUGCAUGUUUAAGCCAACCAAUAUAGGAGCAACUUUAACCGGUUGGGUUGAUAUUGAAAAGGAUAAUGAAGAGCAUCUUUUGAAGGCAGUAGCUACAGUUGGACCUGUUUCAGUUGCUAUCAACGCUGAAGGCUAUGGUUUCAUGGAAUAUAAAACUGGUGUCUAUGACGUAAAGGAAUGUGAUCCACAGGGCUUGAACCAUGGAGUGUUGGUUGUCGGAUAUGGAACUGAAAACGGAAAAGAUUACUGGAUUGUUAAAAACAGCUGGGGACCGCAUUGGGGAGAAAAUGGCUACGUAAAAAUGGCAAGAAACAAGAAUCUUUGUGGAAUUGCUGCCUUGGCCAGCUACCCUCUUAUGCUUCGAUUUGCCGUUGCUCUUGCCUUCUUGGCGUUAGCUUAUGCUGCUUCUUUUACUCCAGAGCUGGACCAGCACUGGGAAGAAUUCAAGAAACUUCAUAGUAAAUUAUACGAAGGAAAUGAAGAGUACUCAAGAAGAUUGAUCUGGGAAGCUAAUUUGGCCAAGGUUUUGAAACAUAAUAUUGAAGCUGAUUUGAAACAACACAGCUUCAAACUUGGAGUCAACUUUUUCAGUGAUAUGACAACUGAAGAAGUCAACAGUAAAUUCAAUGGAUAUAAGCCAAACAAGAGAUCACCUUCCACUACAUUCAUCCCCCCUUCUAACAUUGAAAUUCCCGAUGAAGUUGACUGGAGGGAACAAGGCCUCGUGACUGAAGUCAAAAAUCAGGGACAAUGUGGUUCAUGUUGGGCCUUUUCAACAACUGGUUCAGUAGAAGGACAGCAUAAGAAGAAAACUGGAAAAUUGGUUUCUCUCAGCGAACAACAGUUAAUGGAUUGCUCUGGAGACGAAGGGAAUCAAGGCUGCAACGGGGGUCUAAUGGACAACGCAUUUAAAUACAUUAAGAAGAACGGAGGAAUUGAUACCGAAGCAUCUUACCCAUAUGAAGAAGCGGCUGGAACUUGCAGAUUCAAGAAAGAAAAUGUUGGCGCUACUGUUUCAGGAUAUGUUGAUAUUCCAUCUGGAGAUGAAAAGGCUUUACUGCAAGCUGUUGCAACAGUUGGUCCAGUAUCAGUUGCUAUUGAUGCUAGUCAUUUUAGCUUCCAGUUAUACAGUGAUGGCGUUUACGACGAAGAAUCCUGUAGCUCUACUGAGUUGGAUCACGGAGUUUUAGUUAUUGGUUACGGCAGUGAAGAUGGCCAUGAUUACUGGCUCGUCAAAAACAGCUGGGGAGCUAGUUGGGGAAUUCAGGGAUACAUCAAGAUGUCCCGAAACAAGAACAACCAGUGUGGAAUUGCCACCAGUGCAAGCUAUCCUUUGGUUUAAAUUUGGAAUACUGAACUUUUGCUUCAUCAUGGAAAAGUUUCUGUUAGUGUCAUUUAAAGACAUGAAUGUUAUCGUUUGCGCAACAGAAAUGUCUUACCAUUCAACUCUCUAGAACUGUACAAAACAUAUUUAUUAAUAAAAAUAUUCUUGUAAA